UGAAUCUUUAUUACUUUGAAAAACUUCCCCUUUUCUCCUCCUCCAUCACUCUCAGGGUUUCUCGGUUCACCAAAAACUCCUAAAUCUCUCUCUCAGAUCGUCACUACCCUUUUCAAUUCCAUCCUCAAUCUUCAAAAUUCCCAAACGAAAUCAACAAAAGAUGUCGCAAGGCUACGCAAUCGAGCUCUACUUCGAUCCAGCACUCGAGAACCAAGUCUUGAAAGCUUGGAACGUCUUCGCUCGUCGUCAAAUCAGUACAUAUCUAAUCAACAACGAGUCUCGUCCACACAUAACCUUAUUCUCAACUACUUCAUCCAUCGAUUCAACAAAGCUUGAACCAAUCAUCAAAUCAUUCUCAUCUAAACAAGAACCAAUCUCACUCUCUUUCUCUUCAAUAGGAAGCUUUUCUAGUGACGACAAUGCUCUGUUUCUUUCGCCGACGCCGUCUCUUUCGCUUAUUCAGCUUCAGCUUCAGUUAUGUGAAGUGAUUAAGAAAGAAGGGUUUGAGAUUGGUGAAGAGUAUCGUGUUGAUUCUUGGGUUCCGUUUUGUUCUGUGGCUGUUGAUGUUCCUAAGUCACGUAUCUCUGAAGGGUUUUUGGUUUUGAGAGAUUUGAAGCUUCUUGUUUAUGGUUAUGCUAUGGAUAUUGGUCUUGUUGAGUUUUCUCCUGUUCGUGAAGUUUUCUCUUUUGGUCUUGGUAACAAUUUGGAAUCUUGAUAUGAAUGUUUAGCUUUCAGCUAGUAACAAUCUGAUUAUGUAAUUCCUUUGGUUUAGUUGACAAAAGUUUCGAGCUUGAUGGAACAUUAUAGAAGCAAUUAUGUUUAAGUUGUUGUUUAGGUUACAUCUACGUUUAGUUUAUGGAGUUUUGGUGCGAACUUACUUGUGCUUGAUUCUUCUGCAGAUUAGAGUUAAGCUUGACCAAAGUUGUAUUAUUGAUUUGAGAUUCUUCAAUUGUGUUUUAUGUUUUUGUGCAUGGACAUGACUUGGUCGAAGCCGUUUUGCAGUUAAUGUCUUUACAAUUUCACUUGAUGAUGUUGAUGGAACAGUAUAGAAGCAAUUAUGUUUAGUUUUGAAUUGUGCUAGAUCAAGUUUUCUGUAAAAGAUUUGAUCUUCUUUGUUCUUCAGAGCUUCUUC